UUCAAGAUAUACUCAAAAUACAAUAAAAAAUCCACCUUUUCAUUCUAUAAAACCCCCUUACCCAUUCCCAUCAAAACCUUCUUUCAUUCGCUUACUUGAUCAAGCUUCCUUCCGUUCUAGCUAUUUCAACAUCGUGGUUUCUUAUUAUUUCUCAAGAGUUCUCAUUCAGAUAAGUUUAAUUUCAUUUUUAUGGUUUUCUUGAUUCGUUGAUAUUUCAAUUGAUAUCUGAUUAUUUGUAAAAACCCUUUUCACGAAUUAGAAAUCUGGGUUUGUUUUGUUUCAUUGAUUUUCUGAUUUGAAAUUUGCUUCAUAGACGGUCAAAACUAACCGAAAGCAGCUCUUUCUAUAAGGUUUUGGUUACUAAAUUUUUCAAUGAAUUUAGGAUCAUAUCAGAGGAUAAUCAAUUUAUAGCCUUUAUGAGCUACGCAAUUCUCCUACGAAGAAUUCGUCUUCUUCAAUCAUUCUCUGUUGUUUUUCUCUACUGGUUUUAUGUGUUUUCAUGAACUAAAUUAUCUGAAUUAGUCCCAAUUUUAUCCUUUUCUGACUUCACUCAUUGAAUUUGGAAAUUAAUUCGUAUCAUUCUCCAAUUCAUCCAAAAACCUAACUCAAAAGUUGAGUUGAUCAGGCAAUUAGUAGUACCAACAGGUCCAAGGUUUAGAUCUCCACUAAAGGAAGAAAAUGGCUUUUGUGCAACAAGUAAGUUCAGGGUCAGAAGGUGAUCCACAGUAUAUAAUGGUUGAUGACAAGAAAAAGAGAAGAAUGAUAUCGAAUCGCGAAUCAGCCAGACGAUCAAGAAUGAAGAAACAAAAGCAUUUGGAUGGUCUUUUAAACCAAGUAGUUGAAUUGCAGAAACAGAAUGACGAGAUUACUCAACGUGCUAAUUCAACUACUCAAAUUUACAACAAUGUUGAUUCAGAGAACAAAAUCUUAAGAGCUCAAAUGGCUGAAUUAACUGAUAGAUUGCAGUCUUUGAACUCUGUUCUUCGCAUUGUUGAAGAAGUUAGUGGGUUUGAUAUUGACAUUCCUGAAAUACCUGAUCCUUUGCUCAAACCAUGGCAAGUACCUUGCCCUUAUAUGCCAAUUAUGGCUUCUGCAGAUAUGUUUCAAUGCUGAAGAAUUUGCAGCAUAUGAAAGAAUUGAAACUAGGUGAAAAGCGGCCGAAUGUGCUCAGGUGCUGGUCUCUCUGCUACCCGUCCCCAUUGCUUCCGACGUCCAUGUCUGUGCUUUUGCUGCGAAUACAUGGUCAUAUCUCUUUCAUUUCAUGGGUCUUCUUUUUUGUUUUUAAAUAGGAAUGUCUUUGUUUUCUGUUAAGGUUUUGUUAUAUUUUAGUUGUUGAUCAGACUGUUCUGUUUUGGGUAAUGCCGUAGUUUGUGUUUGUUGUUUUGGAUGGAAGUCAUUUGGAUUUGGUUUGUCUUGUAAUUUGAUUUAUCGGUGUAUCAGACUGAACACAGAAAAUCUGAAGAAUAGAAUAUGUUAUUGUGGUGUUUUGAUUGUUGAA